AUGUGCAAGGACAUGAAGAUCCAACGCCCUGAGCUCAAGAACAACGAAAUUUCCAAGGUCCUCGGUGACAUGUGGAACGCAAUGUCCGAGGACGAGAAGGGUAUUUGGAGGGCUCGCCAAGAAAAGGCGCGCGAGGAGCAUGAGAAGAAAUAUCCUGACUAUCGCUACAACCCACUGCAAGCCGCCGAGAAGGAGGAGCGCGAGCGCAAGAAGCAGGAAGAGCGCGACCUGAAGAAGAAGCAGAAGGAGGAGCAAAAGACCGCAAAGAAGAACAAGACCAGCGCUGCUACUACUACUACUCCUACUUCAGCCCCUGCUAACAACGUCUCGGGCUUCCAUGGCUCUCCAACUGGCCAGACUACCACGUCUGAAUUUCAGCAUCCGUAUCACACGGGCUCUGAUAUGACUGCCCCGAUUGCUGAGAACGAUGAUUUCUCAGUUGGCCACAGUGAUCCGUUCACUUCUCCCCUCUCCUAUGGUCAGGCCAACCCCGUCACCUCAGCCAAUGCCACAUCAUCUCCCGGCCAGGCUCAGUAUCAGAACAAUGCUGUCGAUUCGCAUUUCCAGAGCAAUGACACCACUGCCAACAGCAUCCCCUACAACAACGACGACGCACAGAUGCCCGAGAUGGGCACCGAGUUCAACUUUGACUUUGGAGACCUAGACUUAUCCAACUUUGACUUGGACCAUCUCAACUUUGCCGCCAACCUCGCCAACCAGAUUCGAAACGAGUCGUCCGACAAUAGCGUCAUGGCCAGCAGUGCCACGCCCAACAACAGCGUCACCGCCAACAAUGAGAUCUCCUAUCCCGAGAUCGUCACCACUGAGACGAUCAACAUAGAGCCCCCUAUCCUCCACCACGAGACCGCGGUCCAGGAGACAGUCGACCCCAACGAGGGACCCGUCUUCAACUACAAUGUCGAGGACGCUCUCCUGGCCGCCCUGGGCGAAGGCGCCAACUACCUCCAGCUGGGCUUUGAGUCGCCCCUCGACAAUCACAACGCUGCCGUUGGUCCUCUCUUCAGCGAUGCAGUUGCAGCAGCACCCACCACUGUUGGUGGUGCUACCAGCAUGCCUCCUCCCGUUGACUCUCACGCAACCGAGACUCUUCAGCCCGUUCUCCGCGAUGAGACGUUUGUGGCUGAUGAUAUUCCCACCACCUUUGCCGAGUUGCUUGAGAACCCUGGCCCUUCCUACCAGGAUUAUUUCAAGAUGUAG